GGCGCGUUCCCGUUGCGACGCGCCGUGUGUGUCCGGGGACAGUCGUCCGCUGCCCUGGGCAUCGCGGAUCCCAGGACGUUCGCGAGGGCCUUUCCCGGUUGUGCGAGACGGCGCCCCUCUGGCCGGCAGGAUGACCAACCCUGCGGCCACGCAGAACAAGGAAAUAGACUGUCUGAGCCCAGAAGCCCAGAGACUGGCGGAGGCGAGGCUGGCUGCGAAGCGUGCGGCCCGCGCGGAGGCCCGAGAGAUCCGAAUGAAGGAGCUGGAGCGACAGCAGAAGGAGAUCUAUCAGGUUCAAAAGAAAUAUUAUGGGCUGGACACAAAAUGGGGUGACAUCGAACAGUGGAUGGAAGACAGUGAGCGUUAUUCACGUAGAUCCAGAAGAAACACAUCGGCUUCCGACGAAGACGAGCGCAUGUCAGUGGGUAGUCGUGGAAGUCUGAGGCCACAGCCUGACCUGGAUUAUGGGGGUCCUUACGCCUGGACAAAUGGUUAUGAUGGAGAAUCAUAUGGAUCCCAGUCCCUGAAUAGAAGAUCUGGCAGGCCCUCCUAUCUGUACAGUGCUGCCCGGCCUCCUGCAAGUUACCGGGCAUCUGUGUUCGAUGACAUCGGUCCCGGCGGGACACGGCGGGGUAGUGCCUGCGGUUCCUGUGCUCCUUCGGAGCGCGGCGGCCACCUCAACUCCAGCUCCCGAGCCUCCUCCAGAGCCAGCUCGGCGCGGGCCAGCCCAGUGGUUGAAGAGAGACCAGACAAAGAUUUCACUGAGAAGGGGUCUCGGAGCCUGCCCGGCCUGUCGGCAGCCACGCUGGCCUCCCUGGGCGGGACUUCCUCCCGGAGGGGAAGCGGGGACACGUCCAUCUCCAUCGACACGGAGGCAUCCAUUAGGGAGAUCAAGGAACUGAAUGAGUUGAAGGACCAGAUUCAGGACGUAGAAGGCAAAUACAUGCAGGGGUUGAAAGAGCUGAAGGACUCGCUGGCGGAAGUUGAGGAGAAAUACAAAAAGGCAAUGGUUUCCAACGCUCAGCUUGACAAUGAAAAGACGAACUUCAUGUACCAGGUUGACACAUUAAAGGACAUGUUGCUGGAGCUCGAAGAACAGCUGGCUGAGUCCAGGCGGCAGUACGAAGAGAAGAACAAAGAGUUCGAGAGGGAGAAGCACGCCCACAGCGUCCUGCAGUUCCAGUUUGCCGAAGUUAAGGAGGCCCUGAAGCAACGAGAAGAGAUGCUGGAGGAAAUCCGACAGCUACAGCAGAAGCAGGCGAGUUAUAUCAGGGACAUUUCUGACCUUCAGGAGACAAUAGAGUGGAAAGACAAGAAGAUAGGGGCUUUAGAGAGGCAGAAAGAGUUCUUUGAUUCCAUAAGGAGUGACCGAGAUGAUCUUAGAGAAGAAGUAGUCAUGCUGAAAGAGGAAUUGAAGAAACACGGAAUAGUCCUCAAUUCAGAGAUCACUACCAAUGGAGAGACUUCCGACACCCUAAAUAACGUUGGACACCGAGGUCCUACCAAGAUAACAAAAGAAGAGUUAAAUGCUCUCAAGACGAUGGGGGACGGGACGCUAGAUAUUAGGUUGAAAAAGCUUGUUGAUGAACGGGAAUGCUUAUUGGAACAGAUUAAGAAACUCAAAGGGCAGCUGGAAGAGAGACAGAAGAAUGGCAGGUUAGACAAUCUGCGUCCUGGAGAUGACGUCUUAGAAAACGGGACAGACGUGCAUGUAAUGGACCUACAAAGGGAUGCCAACAGACAGAUCAGCGACCUCAAAUUUAAACUUGCAAAGUCUGAGCAAGAGAUAACAGCAUUAGAACAAAAUGUAAUAAGGUUAGAGAGUCAAGUAUCACGUUAUAAAUCGGCAGCCGAAAACGCCGAAAAGAUAGAAGAUGAACUUAAGGCUGAAAAGCGGAAACUCCAAAGAGAGCUGCGCUGCGCGUUGGACAAAACCGAAGAGCUUGAGGUGAGCAACGGCCACUUAGUGAAGCGUCUGGAGAAGAUGAAAGCAAACAGGAGUGCGCUGCUGUCCCAGCAGUGAGCACCAGCCUUGCACACGAGCCUGGGCGGCGGACGGCGAGCGCUGUUUCGCGGGCUUGCCUCUGUCGCCGUCCGGGAUUGCUGCUUCCUCCCCU